AUGCACGGCACGCCUGGCGGAAUGCAUCCAUCGCACACUUGUAAUGCAUACUGUAUGCUAAUUGCACAGCGUGCAGUUACGCAUUAUGAUGACCCUUCCCUGUACAGUACGUCCAUGAACAUCGAUCGUGCAAGUCGGACAUGGGUUGUGAUAGCGAAGACAAGUUGCUGUAGCUUCCACGGAUAUGUAACGGCAGUCGGGCAUCCUGCCCGAGGUUUUCUGCUUUCUCUUUGUCAGCGCAGGGUCCUGUUCCGUGGGAUCGCACGACGGGGAACUUCCGCAUGUGCUGAUCUGGCCGGUGGCAACCUUGUAUCCAAGCCAAACUUCACGUGGCCCGCCGAGAAGCGGUGUCCGGAAACAGUUGCGUGCAUUAAUACAUUUUUGUGA